AUGGGUGUUCGCAGUUAGCUUGACUUUGGACACAAAAAACUGCGAAAUCAGGGAGAAGGACAGCGCCCAGAAUAACUGUAAACCUCUGCUAAGUGAGAGCAGCAUCUCGCUGAGAAUGGGACUCCGGCUGUAUCCUCCGGGCUGUCGGACAUUAAAACAGAGGACAUGUACUUAGGUUUGUUAAAGCCACAAAGCUACACCGAACUCUCUGAGCAUGAAGUGAUAGUAUUUCUCCUCUCAGCAGUUUGAUCCAAAAAGAAAACGUGCCUUGUAAGGAAGCAGGAUGUUCACAGGCUCCACCAAACUGCCACCCACUAAAACCCCUCAGCCUGAGCGGCUAGAUGAGGUUUACGCUGCUCUACGCAAAGGCUUACAGUCAUACCUGCAGGUCCACCAGCUGGAGCUGGACAGUCUGGGUCAGCAGAUCAGAGAAAACAAGAAGAACAGUCGUCUGGGGUCUCUGUACGAGUUAGAUAAGCAAGUGAAAGCCAUAGAGAGGUUCAUGCGUCGCCUGGAGUUUCACCUCAGCAAGGUAGAGGAACUGUAUGAGGCUUACUGUAUCCAGCGGCGGCUGCGUGAUGGAGCGAGUAAGAUGGUGGCGGCCUUUAACUCAGCCACUGGCAGCAAGGAGGCCCGAGAGAGCCUGAGUGAAGCCAAUAAGGGCUACAGGGAAUAUACAGAGCAUAUGUGCUCCCUCGAGAAUGAAAUAGAAAGCCAGAUGGGAGAAUUUCAUGUCAAGAUGAAGGGCCUUGCUGGGUUUGCACGGCUGUGUGCUGGUGACCAGUAUGAGGUCUUGAUGCGAUAUGGGCGGCAGCGCUGGAGGCUACGAGGUCGUGUGGAGGUCAGCAACAAGCAGAUAUGGGACAGUGAGGAGUUCACUUUCCAGCCUCUUGUCACAGAACUUCUCUCAAUAAAGGUGACGGAGCUAAAGAGCCUGGCCAAUCAUGUGGUGGUGGGCAGCGUGUCCUGUGAGAUGCUGGAUUUGUUCUGCCCGCUGCCCCAGACGCUCGCCGUGGACAUCAACGACCUGGGGACAGUGAAGCUGAACCUGGAGGUCACCUGGAGUCCGUUCGACAGGGAUGACCAGACGUCCUCGUCCAGCACAGUUUCCAAACGCCUGUUGUCCAAUCAGAGCCCUCCUGACACGCCGUCUAUGCGAGAGCAGGUCUUUUAUUCCCUGCUGAAGCGUCAGGGGGAAAUGGAGAACGGGACUGUUUGGUCCAACUCCUCUGAAUCAUCAGACGACUCCUCCAGUCCGGCACUGGCUCAUCACACUCAGCGGCUGACGGCCUCCAACCUGCUGCAAACUACUCCCACCACUCAGCUGUGCCUCGCACCACACAAGUCCAGCGCGUCCACGCCGUCGCUCUCGUCCAACCAGGAGGAGGAUGAGACAGAAGGCGUAGACAUUUUCUCUCAGCCAGAAGCAGUGCCUAACGGCCAUCUGCAGGCCUCCUGUUCAGACUGUGGUGCAGCUGACAGGGUGUUUGUUCAGUCAGAGGACAUUAUCUCUGAGACCUCAGCUGAGCUGAGCAGCUCCUGCCCUAAUGAGUCGCCUGUGCUGUUGGUGGAGAGGGUCAACGUGUCGGCUGUAGACGUAAAGACUGAGCCGUGUGAGGAGUCUUCAACUGAACAGACGGAAGCUGAAGCUGAGGAAAUCACUGCUGAAGCUGCAGAACGACUCCAGGAGACACAAAGUGAGGCGCACCGACCCGUCCAGGAGACCAAACUAACAGAGGACGCUCCAACGACGCCUUUUCCCACUUCUGCCAGUUUCACUCAGGAAGUUGAGACUGCCCUUGAAAGUUUUGACUUUCUCAACUUCUCAGAUGUGGAUGAAGAGGAAGAUGAUCAACAGCAGGAGGACGAAGACGAAAAAGAAGAACCGGUUGGAAAACCUGAAGAGGACCAAAAUAAAACACACGAGGAGAAAAUAGAAGAAGAAGAAAGGCAUGUAUACUCCGAAGGAAGCGAUGAAGAUGAAGCAGACGGCCUGGAGUUCCUUAUGGAGGCUCCAGAAGGAUUUAGGAACUCGGAUGAAGACCGUUUCUCAGAAUCACAGGAGUCGAGUGUUGCAGACAUGCAGGAUUUGGGCCAAGUUGAAAUUCCAGAGGAUAAAGAGGAGCGAAGUGGCGAAAAUGGAGACGGACCUCACGGAGAGGAAAGCUCACACGAUCAGCACGAGAGUCCUUCCACACCCAGCUAGUCGGCCACUGCUGUUUCUAUUGGCUCCGUGGAGCCACAGCUGAUCCAUUUGUCCCACCUAUGACAUCCCGGUGCCAUUGCGCCCCCUCUCACUCUGCAGAAUUGGAGGCCUUGAGGAUGUUCCACUCAACGCUCAGACAAACAACCUCUAUCGUCACGAUGGGGUUUGUGCUCGUUUUUUGCCUUGUUUACCAGGAGAAGAUGAACCUGUGGGCUGCUGCACUCGCUGCAUCGUACUUUCUGGGUUAAAGUGGGACUGCACCUCAGUUUACAUGUUCAUAUACUUCUCCUGUCAUGUGACAGAUCCGGUGUCCAAAAAACAUUUCAGGAACAGAUCAAAGCGGCCUUCUGUUUUUGCAUUCAUUCGUGCAUUUUAUAAAUGAAAUUUUUUUGAAAUGGUUUUAUAAGUUUUCCUUUCUCAGACGGCAGAGAGGCAUAUAAAUACUAAGUUGCAUUAGAAGGUUUUCAGACGGUAACUAUCAGAGUCAUAUCAGCCUGAAGCUCUUUCAUUAUCAGAGGAAAGACCACGAGCAUGUGAUGUUUAUCUGCAGACCAGAAAUCAUCUCUAAAGCGGGAAUGUACCCUGAAAAUCUUUUCCUUCAACAUCCCUCUCAGCGCUGUGGCUGAACAGACACGUUCUAUAAUAUGCGAACAUUAAGGAGUUCAGAACUAAUUCUGGGCCAUGUUUUGUCUAACAUGACAACCAUCUGCAGUGUGCAACUAUAUUUAAACCUGCAUGUGUAGCUGUCUCAUGCUGCCAGCAUGUCUGUAUUAAUAAAUAAAGCUUAACUGAUCGGUUUAAGUAUGUAAGCUAGGCUCUGCUCCAAGAAAGCCACUGUGUUCCAAAAAACGACUGCUUCACGGGGAGCGCUGUGGUCUUUUAAUGUUGUGCUUUUACCCGUUUCUUCAGAAAGUGCCUCAAGUGACAUAAGAGAUGUUAAAAGGUUUUAACCGCCACCAGUGGACGAUGGCAGUGUUUAUUUUCUGAAUCACUUUAAGAGCGUGCACAAUGAGAUAUAUUUACUGUUUCAUAUUAAGAAAUGUAUAUGUCCUUGAACUGUUCAAAAGGUUUAUGUUCAGAAGUGUUCAAACUUUAUAAAAGUUUCUUUAAAACAAA